AAAUAACACAUUGUGAUCUUCUAGGUAUUGAGCUAACAUCAUCAGCCGAACAGGCCGAUAAAAUGGCCGAUGUUUGGCCUAUCGAAAACAUAUGGGGCUAUAUCAAACAAAAGCUGGACCUUUAUGACAUUAAGGAUCUGGUCACUCUGAAAAUGAAAAUUAUUGAAAUCUAGAGAACAAUCAGCUCCGACACUUGUUCCACACUGAUUAGCUCACUACCUAGAAGAUUACAAUGUGUUAUUGAUAAACGAGGAUACGUCAUUAACAAGAAGGAUUUCGAAUGAACUCGAUUGUGACAUAGUCUAUUGUGUGCUCAAGAUCGUACAAGAUCUUGUAUGAUUGUGCAAGAACUGACAAGAUCUUGAAAGAUUUCAUAAGAUCAUAUAAGAAUUCAUCAGAUCUUACAAAAUUAUGUUUCUGGUUCUGUCCUAUAGAUCCCCUACAGAUCCUCUUUAAAAAAAAGUUUUUUUCUUUUCAUGAUAUUUUCGAGCAUAGGAAGGACUCUGACGUCCUUAGAACGUGUCUAAUCACGUUUCUUAUAGCCAUGUACUUUAUUUGUGCUAGCUGAGCAGUUGGAGAAAGAAAAAAAUUCUAAGUUUCGUCAUAAGAACUAUGUUUUAUAUAUACUAUAUAUCGUAGGAAAAUUUAUGUGGUAAGAAUGAGUCAUCACUUCUUGUAAGGUCUUGUAACAAGAAAUCGUAUGAUCUUGUGAUAAGAACUGACAAGAUCUUAUAAGAUCAUAUAACUUCUUGUUACGAGAUCUUAAGAUUUCUCAUAAGCUGAUCUUGUAAGAUCCUACAACAAGAAGUUACAAGAUUCCGCAAGUUCAUACAUGAUCUUGGGAUGAGGUCUUACAUGAUCUUGGGAUGAGGUCUUACAAGAUCUUGCCAAAAGGUCUUGUAGCAAGAUUGCAUAAGAAAUCAUCAGAUCUUAUAAGAUCUUGUAAGACAUCUUCCACCUGAGUAAGUGACAUUCUUUCUUGUAGUUAUUCUUCAGGACAGUUAUCAAGUUUAUGUUUAUUUUUUUCGAUUGUUUUUGUUUUUGACUGUUCUUUUUAGUCGAGUUAAGCAAUAAUGAAGCAAAACGUCAUGAACGAGAAGCAUUAAUUUCAUUACCAAAUGUAUUAUGUUUAAUCAUAAACGAAGUGAAUAAAACGGGCCAUUGUGCAUCGAUGGAUGAAAUUAAAACAAAUUUAAAAGUUAACUAUCCAGAAUUUCCGUUGCCACAAGAUAACAUUUUAUAUACUACCAUUGGAACAUUGAUGGAAGAUAACAAGUUAAUGUUGAAAAACGGUGGUUAUACGACAUUACCGUGCCAACAAGCAACACAUGUAAAAGCACAAGUCAUUAGAAAAGAUCAUUCGGGUACGAAAAAUGGAUUCUGUUAUACAUGUUUAUUCAGAGCUAUAAAUAUAUUUCACAUUGUAAUAUGGAUUUUAUUUCUUUAUGUUUAG